GUUUUCACAGCCAGCGAUGUGCCCCUGUACUUACGCAUGCUCGUUAGAAGUUGCUGAUCUUCUUUCUCUCCCCUUGUAGCUCAUCUUCAACCGUCGGCAGUUGAUAGAUUUGAUCGAUAAAGACAUUAAGGAAGCAGGGUUAGAAAAUGCAGCUGUUAACUUUAACUUUUCAUAAAGCUGUUUGGGAAUAUCUAUUUCUUUUUUUAUUACACAAAAAAAAAAUUCGAUACGCUCUCUCUUUCAUCUCACCUGUCCGCUCUAUAUCAUGAUUCCCCCCUACACAUCCAAUACACAAUUUUAAAUUACCCAACAUAGCUGUUGCUCAUUGUUGAAAGCCCAAGUGUCACCAGAACAGCCCGAAGCGAAAAAGGAAGAAGAAUGUCAGCGAAGAAAAAACGGCCAACACAGUUGCUCAUGCUGAUCAUCAUCAAACUUGCUAUGCUCCUAUUUUGGAUAGCAGGGGCAGUUCCAUACGCAACGUUUCAAGGAGAUCAGCACAACGACUUGCAAGACAGCAUGGUGAAUUGGGAUGGUGGUUCGCUUAUGUGAUUUUCGAUGGCAAACAGCAAAACGUCAGGGGCGUGCUUACCCCUACUAAGAAAAAAAAAAUUCGCAUGGUUUGAACAGUCCCGUCGCGCCUAUAAAUAAG